CAGGGUGAUAAAUUUCAACUACAUCUUUGGGGAGGUUCUACUGAGGUGCAAGGUCAUUUUUGUGGUGGGACAUUUCAUGCUUUUCGAUGCGUACCUGCAGUUCAUGAACUUCCAGGUUUCACUGACUGAUGCUCAAAAUUCAGAGACAUGGCGACUCACAGAUAAACAGAAUACCAGGAGGGAGUUCUUCCGGACGCGUUAUCGGCUCCGUCAAUAGUUCGCUCAGCAAAAUUACUGGUAGGGUUUCGCACUCCAUCGUUGAGUUGGGGGGCCGUGACACUUAAAACGGCCCGUGACUACUUAAAGUGCGCAAAGCACAGCACAGAGGACCAAAGACUGGAGUACUGCACUUUUAAACUACUUCACCAAAGAGAGGGUUAAAGGGAAACGUUUAAAUUGGGCCGUUAAAUUCCCAAAGAAAAGUCACACAGCGACUAAUUAAGAAGGGAGAAAGUUUAUCUCAGGUCGUCUCUGCAACAGGACUUUCUCAGUUAACUGACUUUUCAAAAAAGCCAAACUGGAGACGUUUGGGAUGGACCUGAUUCGAAAACUCCGGACGGCGCGCAAGCUGAUUCUGGUGAUAAUGAUACCGUUAUCACUGCUGCCGUUACCGCUCAUCUACCCAAGCAGUGAAUCGUCGUGUGCCUACGUCCUCAUCGUGACGGCGGUGUACUGGGUGUCUGAGGCUGUGCCGCUGGGUGCUGCGGCUCUGGUUCCGGCCUUUCUGUAUCCACUGUUUGGGGUUCUGAAAUCAAGUGAGGUGGCCUCAGAGUACUGUAAGGACACCACACUGCUGCUAAUGGGGGUGAUCUGUCUGGCUGCCUCUAUAGAGAAGUGGAACCUCCACAAGCGCAUAGCUCUGCGUAUGGUCAUGGUUGCUGGGGCCAAACCUGGAAUGUUGGUGUUGGGGUUCAUGUGUUGCACAGUGUUCCUGUCCAUGUGGCUUAGCAACACCUCCACCACUGCCAUGGUGAUGCCCAUCGCUGAGGCCGUGCUGCAGCAGCUCGUCAUAACGGGCAUCGCCGACGGCGGAGAGGACUCCGAGGACCUCAGCGACGGUCCCGAGAGCAUCUACGAAAAAAAUAAGCUUCGACUAGCCUACAGAAAAGAUGGGUUGGAAGUGAACACUCUAUCUGAGGAACAGAACGGGCUGCCUGUGACGCCCAGACUCGGCUCCCACCUAAAACACAGCAAUGGCCAUCUCCCAGAGGCUGAGAUCAGUGUGACGGAGCCACCGCGAGAGAGGCCCAAGAUCCGGAGGAACUCCUUGUACCCCACCAAACGUGAUCACAUGAUCUGCAAGUGUCUGUCACUCAGCAUUACGUACGCGGCCACCAUCGGUGGCCUCAUCACCAUCACAGGGACCUCCACCAACCUCAUCUUCGCCGAGCAAUUCAACAAUCGCUACCCUGAAGCCAAAGUCAUCAACUUCGGCACCUGGUUCAUCUUCAGCUUACCCAUUGCCAUUAUCAUGCUGAUAUUGACCUGGCUCUGGCUUCACAUCCUGUUCCUGGGCUGCAAUUUCAGGGAGACAUGUUCCCUCAGCAAGAAACGCAAGACCCGAAGGGAGAUCAUCUCCGAGAAACGCAUCCAUGAGGAGUACCAGAAGCUCGGACCCAUCAGCUACCCUGAGGUGGUGACGGCGGUGUUCUUUGUGCUUAUGACUCUGCUGUGGUUCACAAGAGAGCCAGGAUUCGUGUCUGGAUGGACCUCUCUGUUUGAGAAGAAAGGCUAUCGGACUGACGCCACGGUCUCCGUGCUGCUCGGGUUUCUCCUCUUCCUUAUUCCGGCCCGGGCACCCUGGCAGUCGGCAUCAAUAAGCAAGGUCAAAGAACCUUCUGAUGAUGAAGAUGAUGAGGAAGAGGAAGACCCAAUGGCUCCCAUGAUCACGUGGAAGGACUUCCAGAGACUCAUGCCGUGGGAGAUCGUCAUUCUGGUCGGGGGAGGAUACGCCUUGGCUGCAGGAUGCAAGGUGUCAGGGCUGUCCAUGUGGAUCGGUCGUCAGCUGGAGCCCAUGAGUGGUCUUCCCCCCUGGGCCGUCACGCUCCUGGCCUGCAUGCUUGUGUCUGCAGUCACCGAGUUCGCCAGCAACCCUGCCACCCUCACCGUCUUCCUGCCUAUCCUCUCUGCCCUGUCCGAGACCCUGCAGAUAAACCCCCUGCAGACGCUGAUCCCGUCCACCAUGUGUGUGUCCUUUGGAGUCAUGCUGCCAGUGGGGAACCCGCCCAACGCCAUCGUGUUCAGUUACGGGCACGUGCAGAUCCGAGACAUGGUGAAAGCUGGUUUUGGGGUGAAUUUGAUUGGCAUCCUGGUGGUCAUGCUGGCCAUCAUGACCUGGGGGGUCCCCCUCUUUCAGCUCAACGAGUUUCCCCAAUGGGCCGUCAUGAGAAACACCACCGGAGGCUUGUAGCCACCAGGGGGCGCCAGUCAAGGGAGAGGGUAGGACAGAUCCGCAUGUUUCCAUAGUAAAAGGACAUGGAUCUGGGACACGUGAAUGCAGAGAGGGAGAUGUUUCUCCCUCUCUCUCUCCUCAACUACGGAAAUGACACUGUACAGGACAAAACAAAUCUAUUCUUCUCGUUUAAUGACUGCCUGUUUGUCAAGAGGAACACAGCGACAUUUCACUUGUAACAAAAGUGUGUGGGAGGAGUUUAGGAGCCACCUCAGUUCUGUCACUUCCUGUUUCAUCACUUCCUGUGCUUCUGCUUCAGAGGACUCUAUCUUGACAUAAGAGUACACAUUCUUUUGUCCCUCAGCAUAUAGGGCAUCACAAACCCAUUUAACUACUGUUUUGCAUAUAUGGCGGCCUAGUCUUAACUGCACAUCGUAAUGCUGAAGAGGCGUCGCUUCGCCUCGGGCCAUGUGAUCUCGGUCUCAUGUUCUGGAAGGCCAACAACAACUCGACAAAAUGAGUCCCAUAAAAGCAGGAGCCCCAGAAUGCUAUCCAUUGCCUGUAUUCUAAACAUGUUUUUGUAUUCACCAGUUGAAAGUAACAUAUUGUUUUUAAAUUGAUGUUUCCAUGAGUAGAUAGACAACAUUAUCACUGUUGCUUGUCAGCAGUUAUUGUUUUUACUUAGGGCUUCAUACAGGAGUGGAGGUAAUUCAGUUUGAUUGGUAGUCUGCAAUGAGCCACUAAAUCAAAGGAACACGUUGUCACCAAGGUGACAAUCAUGGGAAGAGAGCAACCUUGCUGUUGUGUUUAACAUGUAUACAGUGUGUACAAAAUAUGCAUACUUUAUAUUUGUGUACAUUUCGUGUAAUUUUUGUGGGGGUGGUUUUGUACAUUAUCAACAUGUACCAGGUGAGUGACUAACUAAUCUUUCAUGGGUAUGAUAAUUUAUUCAGAGAUGCACAGUUUUUCAUACCUUAAAAGCGACGACUAGAAAUCUUUGUAAA